AUGGAAGUUUUGAACGAAGCUGUGAGGAAGAUUAAGUCCAUAGUUAUUCCACAUUCAGAUGAGGAAAAUGGAGGUCUUAUUUUUGAAAUCAAGCUUAAUGAGACAGAUCAGAGAUCAUCAAAAUGGAGUCUUGAUCCGUCAUUGGAUGAACUUUGCUUUAAGCUUGAGUAUGUACGUUGUUUGGACAGUGUUCAAAAGCCUAGAAACCGUACUUUCAAAAAUUGCUUCUUCGAUUACAUAAAACUUAGCCCAUUGUUCACUGAGAAAGAGGAAGUAGUGUCUCCAAUGUUGGUGAAUCAAGAUUGUCCUAAAGCUACUAUUUCUUACUUGCAGAACUUAAGCAGGCAUAGUGAAUUCACAUAUGGAGUUAUGUUAAAAGAGAUAAUAACCCGAGAUGAAAAAGAAAAGUCUCUGCAAAAUGGGUUGUUGUUGUCGCCUAACGGUGGAAUCAGUGUUAAUGAACCUUCAACAACUCUAAGUGGCACUGGUAUUGAUCACAUAGCCUCUCUACAAGCCAACAUAACUCGUGACAACACCAAGCUUGUGAAUGGGGCGAUUGUUGUAGAGAGGAAUGUCUUUCAGUAACACAAAUGGCUGGUGGACCAAGGCUUGAGUAUAGGAAGAAAUUUCUCUCUCUUCAACCGACACCAACUAAUAGUAAUAAGAUUCAUUCAACUAAAGCAAGUAGAAGAAGGAUCAGGUAAUCCACAACCACAUGUUUAGCUAGUCUUCCAUGGCCAUUACGAUGGAUGCAUAAGUGAUCCUCCAAGCUAUGAUACUUUUGUUCUUGGUGGACCUAACUCUGUUCGAGGCCACAACAUUGUAGAGCUCGGUGCAGCUAGAAACAUUCUCAAGGUUGGUGCUGAGAUUAGAAUUCCUGUGACGCACACAUAUGUGUAUGCCUUUGCUGAGCAUGGGAACGAUUUGGAAAGUUCAAAGGAUGUGAAAGGAAAUCCAACAGCGGUUUACAAAAUGGGACAUGGUUCAUUGUACAGUUUGGGUGUGAAACUUGGUCAGGUGCAAGAUACUAUACAUCACAAUCAUGGAAUGGGUGCUCUGUUUCUCAGGUUCAGAGAGAGAUACUAA